AUGGUUGGAGAUGAAAUUAUUGAAGACUCUAGCCCUAUCUAUGAUAUUGAUGGGGAAGAGGAUCAUGAAGAAAUUGAAAAACAAAUAAAUUUUGUGCUUGGAAACGAAAUAGUUGAAAUGUUUUUGAAACAAAACGAUUUUGUUGUUACAAACAAAAUUGGUGAAGAAAAGGUUAAAGAAUCCGAAGAGGUGGAGCAGGUUGUUGACCACGAAGAUGUGGUUGUGGUUAAGAAGGAUGAUACCUAUCUUAUAACAAACUCUCUUUCUAAGAGCCUAGAAGAAGGAGUAACCCAUUAA